AUGGUGGCGCGCGCGCACGUGGCCAGUGCGGCGGCGCCGAGCGCGUGGGGCGCGGCGGCGGCGGCGGCGCGCGCGCGGCGCACCUGCCCCAGCGCGCCGCACGCGCGCGCGCACCGCUGCGUCAGCGCGCAGCUGCUGCAGCGCGAGCGCGCCGUCACCAGCCGUCGCCUGCUCCACGCCAGCGCUGGGGACGACUCGAGGGUUUAA